AUGGAAGAGGAGGUGGUUCCGGCGGCAGAGGCGAUGGCUAUACUACCGGAGGUGAAUGCUAAGCAGGGGCCAACCAGAGAUUUCAAAAAUGUGAGAUGCUCUUGGUUGAUGGAACUAACACAGAGGAGUGGAUUUUUAACAUGGAAAGAUCAUUCUAUUCGUAUGAAUAUGAAGAAACGAUGGAAGCUGCGUGGGCAUCAUGAGAUAAAUGAUCCUUCAGAAACUUAUAAAGACGAGACAUAUCCUGGUGUCAACGGCAAGCAGAGGGAGUUGCUUGAGAUAGAGUUGUCAACGCUUCCUUCUCUUAUUAAGGUUGUGGCGGAGAAUAGCGUUACCGAUCACUUAUGUGUAACAGAGCUCAUUCUACAUGAUCAACAAUUUUUUCAGAAACUAAUGGAUUUGUUCAGUGUAUGA